AUGAAUUUCAACAUUAAAGAGACAAGAGUAGGACUUGAAACAGAACCAGGAGAUUCACCGUCAUCGGAAACAACAACAACAGUAACAGAACCAAGAGAUUUGUCGCCAUCAGAAUCAAGAGCGGAACCAGGAGAUAUACCACCAUCAGAACCAGAAGCAAAUUAUGAUGUAGAAAAAGCAAAAUCAUUUUUUAACACCGUUCUUUUGCAAUUACCGGAAGAAUCAAGAAGUCACUUGAUUAAACGGGGCAUCAAUCUACCCAACCAACGAAAGCCGUCGUAUGAUUACGUCAGCUACUGCACGCACAUCAAGCAUUUAUAUCCAUCAGAUGAGAAAAAGGAAAAUGACAUUUAUGAGAGCGUCUUUAAAGAGUAUAAUCAAACUCGACAACAAUUAUUGAAAGAGGAAAUAUAUAAACUUUUCAUUAGUAAAUGUUCUUCACUUAAGUAUUUGGACAUAACUAAUAUUAAUUUUCAAUUAUACGGAUUUCCCGGAGCCGAAGCAAAUCUUUCCAAACUUAGUCAAUUGGCUUGCAAUAAUAAUAAUAACACUCAAGUUCUCGAGGGAUUUGCGAAAUUAUGUAAAUUGAUUGAAAAGUUGCAUAUUAAUCUCACGAGCCUGAAUCCUGGACUCGCUCGUUUAAUUGAGGAACAGCAAAAACUAAGGUCCAUCAUAAUUAAAGAUAAUUUCGUCGAAAACAAUACAGACAAGCAAAACCCGAUUGAACAGGCAAUAAUUAAAAAAGCAAAGAGUAUUAUUCACUUGGAUUUAUCGGUGGAAAAGGGGUCCAAUUUUUAUAACAACCUCUUUUCAAAAUUAACGGAAAUACAAAAAUUGGUUAUAUAUGAUAAUAGGUAUCGUAAUGUGACGGUUCACAAGCAAUUGAAUUUUACAUCAACUUAUCCUAAAUUACAAGUACUUCAAAUUGGUAUAUCCUUUUCCGUGGCUACAAAAAUCAUUCAGGUAACCGACGAUAGUCUUCAAAUGAUUUGGUUGGAUAAAGGGAACCAUGAAUCCGAAGAUCAAAUUAGACAACUGGUUCAGGCGAUCUCCCGGUAUUGUCCAAAGCUUAGGUACCUUAAGAUAUUUUUUAGAGAGGAAGUUCUUGAAGAUUUUAAACAAUUAUUAGACAAAUGUAGUUUGUUAGAAGGGUUAUACAUCUAUAGGGAGAGUAUAUAUGCGGAUGAUAAUAUCGGUAAAAAAUUAUUGGAUGUAUUACUCGAUUCUGCUCCACCUAAUUUAUGUAAAUUUCAACUUCAUUAUUGUUAUUUUAAGAUUGAUACCUUGGAUCAAUUCUUGAGUAAAUGGACGGACAAGAAAUCGUUGUACUUGUAUCCAAUUCUGGUCAAUUAUUAUGAGAAGAGAUUUCUAAGUAAAGAGGAAUAUGUUAAAAACAAAAUUAGAUUAAAUGAUUUGAUUAAAAAGUAUAAGGAAGAAGGUGUUGUUAAAAGGUUUGAAACAUCAAAAAAUUUUAUGUUCAUCAACCAUUUCGCGGAUUUAAAUUUUUGA